UUAAAACAUGAACGUAACUCUUCAUAUGUCUGAUUUAGAUCCUCCCAGGAAUGUCUCAGUGUUCAUAAGUGGAUCAGGUGAAACAGUGGAAGGAGAUUCAGUGACUCUGAUCUGCAGCAGUGAUUCAAACCCACCUGCAGAAACCAGCUGGCUUAAGGAGAAUCAAAGCUCCUCUGUUGGAUCUGGACAGAGUUUCAGUGCACUACAGAGUGGACGCUUCUACUGUGAGGCUCACAAUCAACACGGAUCUCAGAGAUCAGAUGCUGUUACUGUCACUGUUAAAGAUAAAACAGUCCUGUAUGCAGCUGUUGUGAUCGCAGCCGGAUGUGGAGUUUUAUUUCUCAUCUGCAUCAUCAUGUUCAUGUUCAUAAGGAAGAGAAAAAGUGGAUAUGACAUCAGGCAGAAGCAGGUUCAACAACCUCCCAGCUCUGAGACAAACUACUCUGAUGAUGGUCUGUAUGCCAGAAUUUCAUCCAAGAGACCCAGCGCAGAUCAUACUAUAGGAAAAACUAUAAAGACAGUGUACACAAUGAUCCAACAUGUCAAAAACAUUGAGAGCAACGGGAAUCUGACCGUGCACCCUCUUGAUCCUGCUGUGGGAUCCGAUGCGAUGGUAGAUGAAUCUGUGAUUUACAGCGAAGUCAAAUGAUCCAGAAUCUGUCACGUGGAUCAAAAAUGAAGCUGGUCUCCAGCUGAGAGUAAAUAUAUCUACUGCAGCUUUGAAUCAGAUGUUAAUAAAGUGAUUUAAAUGUGUGUCAAGUCACAUGACAUUUCUUGACAUCAGCAGUUGAUUAGGAAGUACUGAUCAGAAAUACCAAUACCAUUAACUAAGACGUCCAUGGAGGUUAUGUAAGUGCACCUAGAUCAUUUUAAGACUGUGGUUUGUUGUUUGGGGUGUCUGUUUGGAGAAGUUACAACAUCAACUAGCUGCAUUUAAACGCCUGUGGAAACAUCUUCUGCUAAAAGCAUGUUUUGUAAUGUUUCCAAAGAUUUGCGUAAUUUUCCAUGACCUGCAGUCUCUUAGUCACUCUUCAGUAAGCAUCCGUUUUUGUGUCUUUUGUAUCUCUUUUUCAUCCUUCAUAAAACACGUUUGAUGCUUUGACAUUUUAAUUUCAUGCACGUUUGGUGUAUUGGUACAUUUUAAGAUUUAAAUAAAGUUUAUAAAGUCUA